CAUCCUCGCUUCUGCUGCGCCUCGGACCAGCCGUCGGGAGGGGAAAGCGCCUGCCGCACAAGGGCCGCCGCAGGAGUCCAGAUCUUAUGUAAAAUGGAUGGUUCUCACACUAGACACUGAAUACCAAAUAGAAAAUAUAUUUAGCAAAAUCUAAGCUGCCAUGGAAGAAAUACCAGUAAAAGUUGCUGUAAGAAUUAGACCUCUGCUGUGCAAAGAAAUUCUUCAUAAUCAUCAAGUUUGUGUGAGAGUUAUUCCAAAUACCCAGCAAAUUAUCAUUGGGAGAGAUAGAGUCUUUACUUUUGAUUUUGUUUUUGGCAAAAAUUCCACUCAAGAUGAAGUUUAUAAUACCUGCAUAAAGCCACUAGUGCUGUCACUCAUUGAAGGCUAUAAUGUAACUGUUUUUGCCUAUGGACAAACUGGAUCUGGGAAGACAUACACCAUCGGAGGAGGCCACGUUGCUUCAGUUGUGGAGGGUCAAAAGGGUAUCAUUCCUCGAGCUAUCCAAGAAAUAUUUCAGAACAUCUCUGAAAAUCCUAGCACUGACUUUAAAAUAAAAGUGUCUUAUAUAGAAGUAUAUAAGGAAGACUUAAGAGAUCUUCUAGAAUUGGAGACAUCUAUGAAGGAUCUUCACAUCCGAGAAGAUGAAAAAGGAAACACAGUGAUUGUUGGGGCCAAGGAAUGCCAGGUGGAGAGUGCAGAUGAAGUGAUGAGCCUCCUGGAGAUGGGGAAUGCAGCCAGGCAUACAGGUACCACCCAAAUGAAUGAACACUCCAGUAGAUCACAUGCAAUUUUUACAAUCAGCAUUUGUCAAGUUGAAAAAAAUACAGAGGCAGCUGAAGAUGGAUCAUGGUGUUCCCGUCGACAUAUUGUCUCAAAGUUCCACUUUGUGGAUUUGGCUGGAUCAGAAAGAGUAAUGAAAACAGGGAAUACUGGCGAACGAUUCAAAGAAUCCAUUCAGAUCAACAGUGGGUUGCUGGCUUUAGGAAAUGUAAUAAGUGCUCUUGGGGACCCACGCAGGAAGAGUUCACAUAUUCCAUAUAGGGAUGCUAAAAUUACCCGGCUUCUGAAAGAUUCCCUGGGAGGCAGUGCCAAGACUGUCAUGAUCACUUGUGUCAGCCCAUCUUCCUUGAAUUUUGACGAAUCCUUAAAUUCUCUCAAAUAUGCCAACAGAGCACGCAACAUCAGAAACAAACCCAUCUUGAACUUCAGCCCUGAGUCAGACCGAAUGGAUGAAAUGGAAUUUGAGAUUAAGUUGCUUCGAGAAGCUUUGCAAAGCCAGCAGGCCAGUAGUAUGAGCCAAACCAGCCAGAUCCAUCGAGAGGAGACUCCUGAUAACAGGAUCCUUUUUCUUGAGGAGCAAGUAGCUCAGCUCCAAGGAGAAUGUCUGGGUUACCAAAAUUGUAUAGAGGAAGCCUUCACCCUCCUGGUAGAGUUAAAAGAUGCUGUCAGACUAAACCAAAAGCAGCAACACAAACUGCAGGAGUGGUUUAACAUGACCCAGGAAGUCAGGAAGUCGAUUCUCACCUCAUUCAGAGGAAGCCGAGGCAUUGGAAACCUGGAAGAAGGACCACAGCAUAUUACAGUUAUCCAACUGAAGCGAGAGCUGAAGAAAUGCCAGUGUGCUCUGGCUGCUGAUGAAGUAGUAUUUAAUAAGAAGGAACUGGAGGUGAAAGAACUAAAGAAUCAAGUGCAAAUGAUGGUGCAGGAAAACAAAGAACAUGUUCUAUCUUUGAAAGAAGCGCAAAAAGUGAAUAGAUUGCAGAAUGAAAAAAUAAUAGAACAACAACUUCUUCUGGAUCAAAUGAGUGAAGAACUAACAAAACUAAACCUGUCAAUGACUUCUUCAGCUAAGGAAACUUGUGGAGAUGGACCAGAUGCCAGAAUACCUGAAAAGAGACCGUAUACUGUACCGUUUGAUACUCGUUUGGGGCAUUAUAUUUGUAUCCCAGCAAGAUCAGAUGCCAGGAAGGUCUACACAAGUCCUUCUGUGUACUCUCUGGAUCGAGUAGUUGCUGGAUUUCGAACACGAAGUCAGAUGCUGCUGGGUCACAUAGAAGAACAAGAUGAAGUCCUCCACUGCCAAUUUUCUGAUAACAGUGAUGAAGAAUCAGAAGGCCAAGAGAAAUCUGAAAUUGGGCAUCAAAGUCACUCAUGGAUUCAAAAGCCAGGCUCUGUUUGUUCUCUUGUUGAAUUGAAUGAUAUCCAUGAUCAAACACAAAAGUCAAGUUUAGAGAAUGAAGAUUUAAAGGUUGAAUGUCUCCAGGAGAGUCAAGAGUUGAAUUUGCAAAAAUUAAGGAAUUCAGAACUCAUACUUACUGAAGCUAAACAAAAAAUGAGAGAACUUACAAUUAACAUCAAUAUGAAGGAAGAUCUAAUUAAAGAGUUAAUGAAAACAGGUAAUGAUGCCAAGUCUGUAAGCAAACAAUAUUCUCUGAAAGUAAGAAAACUUGCACAUGAAGCAGAACAGGCAAAAGUGGAAUUAAUUGAGACAGAAAAGCAACUACAGGAACUGGAAAACAAAGAUCUUUCAGAUGUUGCUUUGAAAGUAAAAUUACAGAGGGAGUUCCGUAAAAAGAUGGAUGCUGCAAAGCUGAAAGUCCAGGUCUUACAGAAGAAGCAACAAAAUAGUAAGAAGUUGGCAUCACUUUCGAUCCAAAACGAGAAACAUGCUAAUGAAUUAGAGCAGAGUGUAGAUCACAUGAAAUAUCAAAAGGUACAGCUGCAAAAAAGACUUCAAGAAGAAAAUGAAAAAAGGAAGCAACUGGAUACAGAAAUUAAGCGGGAUCAACAAAAAAUCAAAGAACUAAAGUUAAAAACACAACCAGAAGAAGAUCUGAAACUGAAAGCUGAGGACCUUGAUGCAUCUAAGAAGGAAAGGAGAAAAGGUUCGUUUGGAAGUAUAGACCAACUCCAGAAAUUGGAUGAGCAAAAGAAAUGGUUAGAUGAAGAAGUAGAGAAAGUUCUGAACCAACGCCAAGAAUUAAAGGAGCUGGAAGAAGACCUACAGAAGCGGGAGGCCAUCGUUUCUAAGAAGGAGGCCCUAUUACAGGAGAAGAGCCACCUGGAAAAUAAGAAGCUGAGAACUAGUCAGGCUUUAAACACAGAUAGUUUGAAAAUAUCAACUCGCCUGAACUCAUUGGACCAAGAGUUGUCUGAAAAGAAGGUGCAGCUCCAGAGCAGCACAGCUGAGGAGAAAAUAAAGAUUUCAGAACAAGUUCAAGCCCUCCAGAAAGAAAAAGAUCAGCUACAGAGACGAAGAAACAGUGUGGAUGAGAAACUUAAAAAUGGUAGCGUGUUGUCACCCGAAGAAGAACAUGUUCUUUUCCAACUUGAAGAAGGAAUUGAAGCUUUGGAAGCUGCAAUUGAAUACAAGAAUGAAAGUAUCCGAAGUCGCCAGAACUUGCUCAGAGCUUCACUUCAAAACCUCUCUCAUAGUGAAGCAAAUGUCUUGGAAAAACUAAUUGGCCUGAAUCCUACUGAGAUUAGAGCUAUCCUUUUCAGAUAUUUCAAUAAGGUGGUUAAUUUGCGAGAAGCUGAACGAAAACUACAGUUACAGAAUAAAGAAAUUAAAAUGAAGAUUCUGGAACAGGAUAAUAUGGUUCGUGAGUUGGAAUCUGCACUAGAACAUCUGAAAUUGCAGUGUGACCGGAGACUGACCCUCCAGCAAAAGGAACAUGAGCAAAAAAUGCAGUUGCUGUUAAAUCAUUUCCAAGAGCAAGAUGGGGAAGGCAUUAUGGAAACUUUAAAAACAUAUGAAGAUAAAAUCCAACAGCUGGAAAAAGAUCUUUAUUUUUAUAAGAAAACCAGCAGAGAUCUUAAGAAGAAACUUAAGGAACUGUUGGGGGAAGCAAUUCGGAGGCAAUUGGUACCAUCUGAACAUCAUGAUGCUGGAGAUGGAAUCCUGAACUCAGAAGAAGCAAGAAUGGUUUCAGAAGAAUUAAAAUGGGCAUCUAGAACUGAAAGCAUGAAAUUAAGUGGAAGGGAAAGAGAAUUAGACAGUUUGGCAAGCAGCUCAAGAACACAACCAAAUCCUCCUAAGCUCUGGGAAGACAGCCCAGAAUUACCUCCAAUUUAUAGCUCUUUAGCACCCACUAGUGGGCAUUUGUUAAGUGAUGAGGAUAAAACAGAAAUAGAUGAAAAGCAGUUUACAAAACUUCACAAUCAACCAUCACCCCAAAUUCAGCCAAUGGGAAAUGUGGGACAGCUUCAUGGUGUCAUGCCUGUAAAGUUGUGUCGCAAAGAGUUACGUCAAAUUUCUGCCUUGGAACUAUCAUUACGACGCUCCAGUCUUGGAGUUGGGGUUGGAUCUAUGACUGCUGAUUCCAUUGAAGUAGCUAGGAAACCAAGUGACUUAAAAACUUAGGUAGUUACCAAUAGAACUUUUAAUUUGCUUUUCCAU